GCGACAACAACAACAACCACACUCAAAAAAAAGAAAAAAAGGAAAAACCCCUUUCACUCACUCGAGGCGACACCGGCGACACCGGCGACAGCGUCAGCGUCAGCGAGGCAGCCAGAGGAGCCUUGAGAUUGAUUCAGUGGCAGUGAUCAAGUCAUUGAGAUUCAGACAAUCAGCCGGCUGAGCACUGGAGACGGACCCAAAUACUUGUUGGGGCCAGCCAGAUUAGGAGGGCGCCCUUUUCUGCGCGGCACUUGAGCUUGCUCGAGUCGGGUGCCUGCAAACAAGGCUUUGAUUCUUGAUACACACACCUUGCUCGCUCCAUCAUCCAAAGCAUUUGCUCACUAGCGCUACGAUCACUUGAACCGGACAAGAUGAUGCUCUCUCGCACCAAAGCGGCAGAGGUCGACGAUGCAGAGCUGAAGAGGCAUCGCAGCGCCAAAAAGCAAAAGGAAUUGCCCAAACUUGAGUCGUUCCUGCGCAAGCGCGACUACGUUGGGGCCCUUACGCUGCUCGAGUUUUGCGAGGGCGCUGGCAAGCCCCUUGAACAUUCUCAAGAAUGGAUUGCCUACUGUUGUUUCCACCUGGGCCAGUUUGCUCGCGCGCUCAAGGUUUUCAAAGCCAUUCUCGAACAGCCAGAUGCUGACGCCAAGCAUUGGACCCACUUGGCCUGCUGUUGCUUCUUUCUCGGCAUGUACCAAGAGGCUGACGAUGCUGCCGGCAAGGGCCCUCAAGGCCCGCUACAAAACCGACUUCAAUUUCAUCUCUCCCACAAAUUUGGCAACGAAACACGAUUGAUGAGCUUUCACAAGAAUCUUGAAGACGUGGUGGAGGACCAGCUGAGUCUGGCCUCCAUCCAUUACUUGCGAAGCCAUUAUCAAGAAGCCAUUGACAUUUACAAGCGCCUCCUGCUUGAGAACCGUGACUACCACGCGCUCAAUGCCUACAUUGCCCUCUGCUACUACAAGCUGGACUACUACGAUGUCUCGCAAGAGGUGCUGCAGUCCUACCUGACUCAGUUUCCAGAUAGCGCCACCGCUCUCAACCUCAAGGCUUGCAAUCACUUUCGUCUAUACAAUGGCAAGGCCGCUGAGGCCGAGCUCCUCUCUCUGCAAGAAAAGGCAUCCGCCUCUUUUGAAUACGCUCAGGACAUUAUCAAGCACAAUCUCGUGGUUUUCCGCGAUGGCGAGAGCGCGCUUCAGGUCAUGCCCAAGCUCAUCGAUGUCCUGCCCGAGGCACGUCUCAACCUGAUCAUCUACUACCUGCGCCAAAAUGAUCUGGAGGAGGCGUACAAAUUGACCCAAGAUCUCGAUCCCAACGUACCUCAGGAUUAUAUCAUCAAGGGCGUCGUCAAUGCUUGCGUUGGCCAGGAGCACGAGUCGCAGGAGAACCUCAAGUUGGCUCAGCAGUACUUCCAGCUCGUUGGUGGCUCGGCCAGCGAAUGCGACACCAUUCCCGGUCGCCAGUGCAUGGCCUCGUGCUUUUACCUCCUGCGUCAAUUUGAUGACGUUCUCAUUUACCUUGACUCGAUCAAGAGCUACUUUUACAACGACGAUACCUUCAACUUCAACUAUGGGCAGGCCCUGGCCUCGUGCAGCAAGUGGAAGGAGGCCGAGGAAGCCUUCUUGUUGAUCCAAUCAGAAGAAUUGCGUGAUGACUUCCAUUACCUUUCGUGGCUGGCACGCUGCUACAUCAUGAAUCGCAAGCCGCGCCUCGCUUGGGAACUGUACCUCAAAAUGGAAACCUCUUCUGAUUCCUACCACUUGCUGCAACUCAUUGCCAACGACUGUUAUAAGAUGGGGGCAUUCUACUACGCGGCCAAGGCCUUUGAUGUUUUGGAGCGCUUGGACCCAGAUCCCAUGUACUGGAACGGCAAGCGCGGCGCCUGCGUUGGGGUUUUCCAGCAAAUCAUUGCGGGACAGGAACCCAAAGAAUCGCUGCGGGAGAUGAUUGCCAUUUUGAUGAACAGCAACAGCCCUCAGGUCGAGCAAAUCACUCGUGUCAUGAAGAAGUGGGCCAAGGAAAACCGCAUUCCUGUCUUGUAA